AUGUGUUCUAUCUUUGGUUCGUUAAGGUUUGAUCAACUUACAGCUUUGGAGAAAGCAGCUUCGGUUUCUGAAUUGUCUUUUACUCGGUUUAGCAAUCCUAAAAGGUAAGUUUUUGUGUAAUAUUUCAUUGUUUUGUGUUGAUUUCUUUGAUGUGAUUGUGCGUAAAGAAAGUAAAACUUGCAAAGUUUGAUGCAGGUAUAUUCCUUCAUCAGCUCUUUUAAAGUAGCAAUUUAGUCAUGCUCAAGCUCUAUAUUUACGAAUUAUUCGAGUUUACAACAUGGGGACUCUGCACAUUGAUCCGGAGUCACAAUAUAUAUUGUUAUCUCGGGUAAAGCCUUUGGCCGACUGUUUUCUAGACAAGAGAAAAUGGGCUGAUGAAAAUGCUAAAGUAAGUUUAUUUUGCCUUUGCUGGCUGUUAAUCUAUUUACACUUGUUAUUUGCCAUGGUUGUCAAUUUAUGUGUGAUUUUACGAUUUUUCGUUCAAAAGUAUUCAGUUAACUAUGUUAAAGGUAGAAUUAGUUUUAACAAUUGUUUCACCACCUAUUAUGUCGUUUUUGAUUACAGCAAACGUAUGCUACAAAGCUUGAGGGUGUAAUCAAGGAUGCGGUUAAGAUAUCAAACAAUAUAAGGAAUAAACUGCGCAAUUACUACGAGCCGAGGUCUGAAUCCAGCCAAAUGGUGUAUAUAAAGCAUUCUGAGCUGAUGUUUCAGUUGAAAGGUUCUGUUUUGGUACUGGAUCUUAGCACAGAGAAUCGUCACACGUGUUGGAGGUUUGACAAUGUCUUUAUCAGUCAGCACUUUAUCACUCCUGGGUUAGUUUUAAUAUGAAUACGAUGGCCAUGCUAACAUCAGAUUUAUAGUCUUCAUUUUUAUAUUAAUGGAUUUAGAUUUUUAUGUUAAGGUUGACGUUCUACGGACUUUUAAUGCACAUACGACCGCAAGAAAGAGGUUAUCUAGUGAACAUAACUGACUAUGACAAUGUUGUUAUUAUGUCUGAUCAAGAAUCGACAAACUAUGAAUACGUCUACAAUGCUAUAGAAUGUGAUGACAGCAUUUUUCGACCACGGAAUCCGCCGGUGUUAUGCAUCAAAGAUAAUUUGUUACAUGAAGGUACUUGCUGUAGGAAGGUCUGUCUUACUUUUAUAGGGUCUUGUGCGUUUGUAUACAUCAGUUACAAGUUUUAAUGAUCUUUGAUUUUUAACAUAAUUUUUUCAAUUUAAGUUAUUGUGUUAUUUCUUGACCUUUACUUUCGAUUUUGUAUUCAAAAACAUGUACAACUUGCUGUGACAUUGAUAUGCAUUCGUAAUGCGAGCUGUUGCGUGGGAUUUCUGACCUUUUGUUGUAAUGUAAUUUUAGUUUUGAAUGAAUUUCAGAUGCGAAUAGGUGUAUUGACAGUUAGUGACACAUGUAAAACGGAACCAGAAAAGGACAAAAGUGGACCAGUUUUGUUAGAAACCUUAAAGAAGUCAACUAUCAUUCAGAAUCCAACAUUUUCGAAGCAAAUUGUGGAAGACAAUGUUGCCAAAAUCAAAGAUGUUCUAUUGUAAGGUGUUUUUGGUUUUAUUUUUUAUACUACGUAAUAUUGGUGUAUAUAUGUACACUGAUAUACACAGUUUAUAUUUACUAUAGUUUUCCAGAGAAUGGUCAAAAACCCACGAUGUGAUUCUGACUACCGGUGGAACGGGCUUCACGCACCGUGACGUGACUCCAGAAGCCACUCGAGCUGUGAUCGAGAAGCCGUGUCCCGGCAUCGUAGUGGCCUUGGUCCAGGAAGGCCUGAAACACACGGCCAUGGCGGCUUUAAGUCGACCCGAAGCCGGUAAGAUGGGGUUUCAACUUCCGGUACGACAUUUAAUGUUAUUCAUGAUUUGAUAUCUUGAGGCUCCACUAUUUCCGCUCUUUAUGCAAAUACGCAAAGAAGGCCAAGAUUUAUUGGCAAAGUUUCGGUUUUGAAUGUUUGCUUAUUUGACGUUAUUUUUGGGCAUGUUGAUGUUGUUGUAGGCAGAGGUUGGACAAAAAACUUGUUUUUGAUUUAAAAUUGUUGCUAUUCAAAGGUUUAGACCUGAUAUUCAUGCUUUUGUGGUUCAAAUUUAUGGCAUUUUUUUAUAAUUUUAUGGCUUUUUUGUCUUUUUAUGUUCCUGAGCCUUUGUCUGAUAUAAUUUUAACUUAUUGUUAGGUAAUCAGGGUCUAAUGUGAUCUUAUUUUAGGGAUCUGCAACAAUUGUCUGGUAGUGAAUCUGCCCGGCAGCCCGAAAGCCUGUCAACAGAGUAUCCCGGUGCUGGAGCCCAUUCUGAAUCACGCAGUCCAACUCUUGCGCCCUGAGGCGUCACAUUCGGAGCACCCGAACUAA